AUGCCUCUUGUCAACACCACCGAAGUUAACGAGGACACUCGCGUCCUCGGCUACGACCCUCUCCUGCAGCCUCAGUUCCUCCAAACCGAGAUCCCCGCCCCCGAGCGCGCCAUCAAAGCCGUCCGCCAAGGCCGCAAUGACGCCGUCGAGAUCAUCGAGCAACGCGACGACCGCCUCCUCGUCGUCGUCGGCCCCUGCUCAAUCCACGACCCAGACACAGCCCUCGAGUACGCCCGCCGCCUAAAGGAACUCUCCACCAAACUCUCCAAGGACCUCUGCAUAAUCAUGCGCGCCUACCUCGAGAAGCCCCGCACAACCGUCGGCUGGAAGGGCCUAAUCAACGAUCCCGACAUCGACGAGUCCUACAACAUCAACAAAGGCCUCCGCGUCAGCCGCAAACUCUACGUCGACCUAACCAGCACCGGCCUCCCCAUCGCCUCGGAAAUGCUCGACACCAUUUCCCCCCAGUACAUGGCAGACCUAAUCUCGCUUGGCGCCAUCGGCGCCCGCACAACUGAGUCCCAGCUCCACCGCGAACUCGCCUCAGGCCUCUCCUUCCCAAUCGGCUACAAGAACGGCACAGACGGCAAUCUCACCGUCGCAAUCGACGCCAUUGGCGCAGCCGCACACCCGCAUCGCUUCCUCGGCGUCACGAAGCAGGGUCUCGCUGCCAUCACCAAGACCGCCGGUAACGAGCACGGCUUCGUGAUCCUGCGCGGCGGUAACCGGGGCACGAACUACGACCGCGAGAACAUCCGCAUUGCGCGCGAGGCGUUGCGCGCGAAGAAGCAGCGCGAGGUGCUGAUGGUGGACUGCUCGCAUGGGAAUUCGAAGAAGAACCACCUUAACCAGCCGCUUGUGGCGAAGGAGGUUAGUGAUCAGUUGCGCGAGGGUGAGACGGGCAUUAUUGGCGUUAUGAUUGAGUCGAAUAUCUAUGAGGGUAACCAGAAGGUACCCCCCGAGGGACCUUCGCAUUUGCUCAAGGGUGUUUCUAUUACCGAUGCUUGUAUUAACUGGGAGAUGACUGUUGAGACGCUGCAUGAUUUGGCUGAUGGUGUUCGUGCUCGUCGUGAGGUGAUUAAGUCCAAGGCGAAUGGUAACUAG